AUGAGCCGCCAGGCAUUGAAAGAUGAGCUGGACAACCCUGAUUUUGAUGCCCAGGAGGAGAUUGACAACAAUCUGGAGCUAAACCGCGAUAUUCUCAAGUCCGUGGCUAUUGAAAACACCGAGAUCAAGGAUAAACCACAGGACAAAGUGGUUCAGCAGACUGCCCUGUUUCUGGACGGGUACGAGGGCUAUUUCGAUCAGCACAAGCAGCGCGAAAAGAUCUCGACAACGCCAUUCUCACGGGCCCCUCCGAUCGACCAUGCAGCUCUUGUUGAGUUAAACCAGGUGCAGCCCCGCGGGUUGGAGCACAUCCAGCAGACGCUGUCGCAAAAGUACUCUUCCUAUUUCAAUCAAUGGGCUUUGGAGAUUGAGCAAGGAUUCAAUCUGUUAUUCUAUGGAAUUGGCUCUAAGCGUGAGCUCAUUACGGAUUUUGUGAAAUUCUGGGACCCAGAAGCCGCCGUAGUAGUGGCUAACGGGUACAAUACAGCCUUGAGUUUGAAGGAGAUCAUCAACACGUGCGUUUCGUGUGUUGUUCCCGAAGAGGUUUCUUCGGAAUGGCUCAGACAACCCUCUGAACGCGUCAUUCUUCUAACCGAAUACUUGGAACAAAAUAAAAUCAGUCUGGUACUGGUCAUUCACAACAUCGAUGGUCAAGCUCUGCGAGAUGCUAAAUCACGAGAGUUUUUGUGCCGUAUUGUGGCGUCUUCGUCCGUUUCUUUGGUGGCUUCCGUCGACCAUUUCAAUGCUCCAGCGUUAUGGACGGCCGAGCAAGUCAGUCAGUUGAACUUUGUCUGGCAUAAUGUCACCAACUACAAACUCUAUCGCACAGAGACCGCUUAUAUGGAUCUUCUGAGCCUUGGAAAGAGCAGAGCGGCCGUUGGAGCCAAUUCCGUCAAAUACGUGCUUUCGUCGUUGACUCAAAAUGCCCGCAGUCUCUAUCAAUCACUUAUUAUGCAACAAUACGAGCGCAUGUGCGAACAGAAUUGCGGUCAGAAUACUAUUGGAACGGUAUUUCAUGGAGUCGAUCUACAGAGCUUUUACCAGUUGUGUGUGGAGAGCUUUAUUGUAUCGAAUGAACAGAACUUCAAGGUAAUGUUGUCUGAGUUCCUAGAACACAAAAUGGCAGUCAGAGCCAAAAAUAAGUCUGGCAAAGAGGUCGUGUUUGUUCCAUAUACGCUGGACGAUUUGGAGCAUUUGGUUAGCGAUACUUAG